AUGGACGUGCGGCAUUUCAUCUUUGGUGCCAUCACCCUCAUCCUCCUACUGGGCACAUCCUAUUCCGUGCUCUACAGCACCUACCUCGACACUUCCAGCCACCUCCUCUCCCACCGCGCUCACCACCUCGCCCAGACGCACUACUUCGCCUCCAAGUCCAACCCGCUCAAUGUCUACUUCAUCAAGAAAGCUUGGGGGUGGACCACCCUCGCCUUCCUGGCCACAUUCCUCACCAGCCCCAGCGCCGUGCGCACGCGGCAGCGCUUCUUCAAGUACCUCAUCCUCACGGGCGUGUGGGUGUUGUUCACCUCGUGGUUCUUCGGACCUGCCCUCCUCGAACGCGCAAUCGUGCUCUCGGGUGGGGAGUGCGUCGCCGUACUCCCAUCUGGCGACCCGGUGACUGUACCGACGGAGUUCUGCUAUACGAGGUCGGCUCUGGCGCCGAAGACGCACCCGGAGCUGUUCGUGCACCAUGCCGCGUCGCUCGCGGGGGUGCUGGAGGAAUGGCGCGUCGUGCCGAGGUUGAGGAAGGGCCAUGACGUGUCGGGACACGUCUUUCUGCUGACGAUGUCGGUUUUGUUCCUCGCCGACCAGCUGCGCCCAUCGUUCCGGCCGGGUGCUGCCCGCAGGUGGUCAAAUCCCCAUAUGUGGGCUGUCGCGGCCCAGGUUUCAUUGGUGGGGAUCUGGUUGUUCGCGAUAUACACGACGAGCGUGUACUUCCACUCGCCGUUCGAGAAGUUCACGGGAUACCUCCUCGGUGUCGCGAGUUUCCUUCUAACGCAAAUACCUAGCCUGCAAUUCCCUCCUGAAGUCGCCUCUACCCAACGUGUACCUCCAGCAUCGAAUUGA